AUGGGGAAUAGUUCAGGCAGCAUCAACAUCCACGCCCCUGUCACCGGAACCGUCGUUGGCUCUCAAAAAAUAGAGAAAAUUGAAAAAGUCGUCACAGCUGCCGCUCCAGCCCUUCAAUGUGAGCCAGUUAUCGACCUCCGUCCUCCCACCGUCGAUGAGAAGUUCUGGGUGCAGACCCUGGACACCUGUCUGCUGGACUACCUGUCCACCGUGCGCUCCCUGGAGGACGCCAACGCCGAGCUGGAGCUGAAGAUCAGGCAGUGGGUGGAGAGCAGCGGAGACUCCGCCUCCAGAGACUACAGCACCUGCUUCCAAACCAUGUCCAUCAUCAGGUCCAAGAUCCAGACCGUCAUCCAGGUGUACGGAUCCAUGGGCGAUGCCCAGACGGCUGAUGAACACCUGAAGAACAAAUCAGUUGAGCGUCUGCAGUUCGGUUCAUCCUCACCUGUGGUCGUUGUGUUGCAGGAGUGA